AUGCACAAUGUGCCUGACUGGAUGACAGCCAGCAUUUACAGUGCAGACGCACCACCAGAAUCACUGGCCCGCCAGGCGCCGUCCUCAAUCCGGAAGCUGGAGUGGGAGGCCGAGCGAAUGCGCAGCCGGAGCCACCAGCCGCAGCACGGUGGCAGCGGGGUCGACUUUGAGCAGUGGCUGGCAUUCGCUGAAAGCAUGAGGUCACGAUGUUGGGUUUGUUGGCUCCUCUACUGCUCAGAGGUGCCGGCCUCUCGCCGGCGGCGGCUGCGGUACUGCUCCUACCUACAAUACUGGUAUUUCGGAAUGAUGAGCCGACUGUAUGCCGACUGUCUUCUGCUCAUCAGUGCCAAGAUGCGUUUCUGCCUGUUCGCUGGUUUUGUAUGCCAGCUUUGCUUGGAUCGCCUGGUACUCAGCUUGCACAGCGCCAUGGUGUGGUGGAACCAUCUGCUGGGUGGGUCCAGGCGAUGGGCACAGCUUAGCUCGCGACUGACGAGCCAGCUAGCCGAUCAGGCGGAUGUGACCGCCGGCAUUGCCUAUCUCACCCGUGACUGGGCAGAGAUGGCGCGACGAUCCCACGCAGCACUGGAUCAGGAGUUCUGCGGAAGCUGGCGCACGAGCCUUCACGAGCUUGCAUCAAAGCUGACCGACAUCUGGUCUGACAUCCGGAAAGCCUCCUUGUGUUCUGGCUUGGACGGUGCCAGCCCUCGAGUGAAGUCCGCACGGUCCGUUUCAGUGCCUCGGGCUGCUCUGGACCACGACGCAGGAUACCCGUACCAGGAUCGGGGUCAGCAAGCCGUGACUCGAGCUGGCAGUGCUCCAUUAGGAGGUCAAGCCAUGAUGGCCUUGCAGUUGUGGCUGAAGGUGGAUCGAGCAGUUCAAAGAGCCUUGCAUGUGGAGGCUGAGCGCAUGCGCAAGGCUCUGGACACCGAUGACCCCAAAACCUUGCAGGCCAUGAUGAAUUGGUGGUCCGCCAACAACAGCUCUGUGGCGAGUGCAGCAGCUGCUGCGAUAUCCACAGGCACUGGCUUGCUAGAUGAUGGCUGGGAAGAGCAGCAGGAAACCCUGGGCGCCCUUCUCCUCUCCGAGCGGCUGCACCAACGCUUCCAGUACCGAUCCUUUGCGAAGGGCGAUGAAAUGCCCGGAUCGGAGGAGCCCGGUGUGGGAGUGGAAGAGUUUGAGCGGCUGGAGCAGGCCUUAGCGGCGAACUUUGAGUCACUCCAGGACCUUCGACGGCGCCUUGCACCAUUGGCUUCACCGGCAGGGACGUUGCGAUGCCCCUGCCGCAGCGACCUCCUACAGGGUGCCGCCGAGGUACAGUCGAUGCUGCGGCGGAGCUUGUCAUCGUCAUCAUCACACGUGGUGAUGAUGAGGCGGACAGAAGAAGGAAAGCAAGCUCCCGAGGUCCUGGAGGACAGCCCCGAGGACCGCCGGUCCGAGCGUCGCAUUUUGAUGACCUUGGCCCUGGCUGCUUGUUGUGGUGUUGCAGCGGUUCCAUAUGCUGCCAUUGCCAGAGCCUGGCUGUGGGCAAUCGCUUUCUUCGGGUUUGCCCUGGCAAACAUUGUUCUGCUGCUGAACUACCAGCGGCUGUCGCUUCCGCACGUGCACCGCCGUUUCGAGCGGCAGCUGAGCCACCUAUCGUCCAGACGGGAGGAGAUCCUGGUCGAGAUUCGGGACCUUCAACGCUCCUCGCAGAAGGCCGGGGCGGCUCACGCCCGUGCCUGCAUUUUCCUGCAGAGCGUGAAUGUCCUCCGGAACAUCAACUACGUCGUCCUCUGCAUCAAGACUGAAACGCAGAGGGCAGCAGCGGCGGCCAUGGGUGGGAUGGGUGGAAUGCAGGAGAGCGUCGUCGGAACCUGA